AUGUUUACCUUCACUCCAUUGCUGGGAGCGCAGUCUUCAUCUUCCAGAGCUUCUCAGUCAAUCCUAGAGCUGGAUGGUGGAAUUAAGAUCUUAGUGGACGUUGGUUGGGAUGAUACCUUUGACACCCGCGACUUAGCAGAGCUCGAAAAACAUAUUCCGACACUUUCCCUAAUUCUCCUCACCCACGCAACUCCGGCACAUAUCGGCGCUUUCGUUCAUUGUUGUCAAACGUUCCCUCUUUUCACUCAAAUUCCCAUCUAUGCGACAAGUCCAGUAAUUGCCCUCGGCAGGACAAGUUUGCAGGAUCUCUAUUCCUCCGCACCUCUCGCAGCUACAUUCCUGCCAACAGCAUCCGUGUCCGAGACUGGUGCAUCUUCGGCAGCGUCAGCUGUGAACUCCGGAGGGGAGAACGAAGGAAGCACCGAAGCUGCAGGCAGCACAGGACGGAUCCUUCUUCAGCCUCCAACCGCAGAGGAGAUUGCCCGAUACUUCUCUCUCAUCACGCCGCUCAAAUACUCACAGCCUCAUCAACCUCUCCCAUCUCCAUUCUCGCCGCCCCUGGAUGGGCUGACUCUUACUGCUUAUAAUGCCGGACAUACUGUUGGUGGAACAAUUUGGCAUAUUCAACAUGGAUUGGAAUCUAUCGUCUACGCAAUGGAUUGGAACCAGGCUCGCGAGAGUGUCAUGGCUGGUGCUGCAUGGUUCGGUGGGUCAGGUGCCAGCGGUACGGAAGUUAUUGAGCAAUUGCGCAAGCCGACAGCCCUGAUCUGCAGUACCAAGGGAGGUGAUAAGUUUGCAGUCUCUGGUGGUCGCAAGAAAAGAGACGACCUUCUUCUGGAUAUGAUCCGAAGUAGUCUUGCAAAGGGUGGCACUGUGCUCAUCCCCACAGAUACUAGCGCUCGGGUACUUGAAUUGGCUUACGCUUUGGAACACGCUUGGCGAGAUGCAUCGUCAGAUGAAAAAGAGGACGUGCUGAAAGGUGCGGGCCUUUAUUUGGCGGGCCGCAAAGUCAAUACUACAAUGCGGUUGGCUCGAAGUAUGAUUGAGUGGAUGGAUGAGAAUAUUGUUCGCGAGUUUGAAGCUGCUGAGGGUGCGGAUGGGGCUACUGGUCAACGCGCCACAGGCCAGAACCAAGAAAAGGCCAGCAAGGGUGCUGGGCCGUUCACUUUCAAGCACCUCAAAACUGUUGAGCGAAAAAAGAGACUCGAGAAGCUUCUUUCCGAGAAGGGCCCUAAAGUUAUCCUUGCUUCUGAUACAUCACUUUCUUGGGGUUUCUCGAAGGAAACUCUGCGCCGAGUCGCCGAGGACCCUAAUAAUCUGCUGCUAUUGACGGAGUCAUUCCGCAAGCUGACACCUACUCGAGAGUCUCCAUUCACAAUCUCUCUCGGUAGCACAAUCUGGCAGUGGUAUCAAGAGCGUCGAGACGGUGUUGCUCUGGAGACCGCCUCGGAUGGUGAAUUACUUGAGCAAGUCCACAGUGGCGGUCGAGAAUUGACAUGGACAGAAGUGGAACGAGCACCUCUAGAUGCUGGCGAUCAAUUGAUCUAUCAGCAAUACCUGGCCACUAAGCGACAGCUUCAAGAUACAUCCCAAGUUCGCGGAGGUCAAGAAACACUUGAAAAUGCAGCAGACGCUCUGGACGAUCGAUCUAGUUCAACCUCCUCGGAAGACUCAGAUUCCGAGGGACAAGGUCGUGUUCUUAAUUUCUCCACAUCCCUCGCCCACUCAAAUCGAAGCAAGUUGGCUGUCAGUGAUCAAGACUUGGGUAUCAACAUUCUUCUACGACGAAAAAACGUUUAUGACUAUGACGUGCGUGGUAAAAAGGGACGUGAGCGUAUGUUCCCAUAUGUCGCACCUCGAAAGAAAGGAGAUGAAUACGGCGAGUUCAUUCGCCCCGAGGAGUAUCUUCGAGCCGAAGAACGAGAAGAGAUCGAUAUGCAGCAGCGACGAUCAGACGCACAAACAAAGCUUGGACAGAAACGACGAUGGGACGAGGCUACCGGUGUUGCUGGUCGGAGACAUUCCGGUGGCGCUGGAGCUCGCAAGCGUCAACAGCUGACCAAGGAUGGUCAGAAGGUAGAUUCAGCAGGCGAUGAUUUUAGUCUUGCAUCUGACGACGAAGACGCCGACGCCGCUGUAUCCUCUGAAGAUGAAGCCGACAUUCAGUCCUUCGAAGGUCCCGCUAAGGCCGUGUACAGCAAGGCCACUAUCACGAUUAAUGCUCGAAUUGCCUUCGUUGACUUCAUGGGAUUACACGACAAGCGUAGCUUGGAGAUGCUGAUUCCUCUUAUUCAACCUCAGAAACUCAUUCUUGUUGGAGGAAUGGAAACAGAGACUGCUGCACUUGCGGCUGAAUGCAAGAAGCUCUUGGCUGCGAAGGCUGGAGUUGAUGUCUCUGCCUCUGCAGCUGAGGGAGCUGCCAUCAUCUUUACCCCUGGCAACGGUGAUGUCAUUGAUGCUAGUGUGGACACAAAUGCAUGGAUGGUCAAGCUGAGCAACAAUCUCGUCCGCCGCUUGAACUGGCAGCACGUCCGCAGUCUCGGUGUUGUUGCUCUGACAGCCCAACUGCGCGCGCCCGAGCCGAUCAUGGAGGAAAUCAAUACCGCCGAAGUAGCUGCUAAAAAGAUCAAGUUGGGCGAGGGAGAAGAAAGCUCAUCGGCUCCUCCAACUGCAAGCGCUCUUGUCAAGUCCGGAGACAAAUCUGAUUCAUUCCCACUCCUUGAUACCCUGCCUGUCAGUAUGGCCGCAGGAACCAGAUCUGUGGCGCGCCCACUUCACGUCGGUGACUUGCGUCUUGCUGAUCUUCGCAAACUGAUGCAAGCAGCUGGACAUACUGCCGAGUUCCGUGGUGAAGGAACACUGUUGAUUGAUAAGUCGGUCGCCGUACGAAAAUCGGGAACUGGCAGGAUUGAGAUUGAGGCAUCAGCACAGGCAGCGUCGAAUCAAGCCUCGAUGGGUCGUGGUGCUGGGAGCUUCCUUGCGGUUAAGAGGAAGAUUUAUGAGGGUCUAGCUGUUGUGGCUGGAAACUAA